AAAACAUUACCUAAAACAAGUCUUCUCAUUAGAUUCCCUCUCUCAAAUUAUGGGUUUCCUUGUACAACCUAAGAUUCCUGUGAUUAACAUGGUAGAUAUGAAGCAAAACACAGGUUUUCGGGCUUCGGCAAGCGAUGAAGUGAGGCAUGCACUUGAAGAGUAUGGUUGCUUUUUGGUUGUUUGUGAUGGGAUGACUGAAGAAGUCAAUAAGGAAAUAUUUGAUUCCUUAAAAAAUCUGUUUGAUCUUCCUACGGAAACAAAAGUAAAAAACACUUCAGAUAAGGCUUAUCAUGGCUACGUAGGGCAAAUCCCUUUUCUUCCACUCUUAGAAAGCCUUGGAAUUGAGAAUGCUACAAGUGUUCAUGGAGUUAAUAGCUUCACAAACAUUAUGUGGCCCUCUGGGAAUGACAGUUUUUGUAAAAUUAUUCAGUCCUAUGCAAAACUAGUUUCUGAAAUCGAAGAAACAGUGAGGAAGAUGGUGUUUGAAAGCUAUGGAGUGCAGAAGUAUAUUGAAUCCUAUAAUGAAUCUGUGACAUAUCUUCUUAGAGUAAUGAAAUACCGACCGCCAAUCGGUAAGGAGUCUAAAAUGGGUUCCAUACCUCACACAGACAAGUCAUUCAUAACCAUACUUAACCAAAAUCAAGUGAAAGGAUUAGAGGUUAAAAACAAGGACAACAAAUGGAUUCCUGUGGAAUACCCUCCUUUCUCUUUUUUGGUCAUGGCAGGUGAUGCAUUCAAGGCAUGGAGUAACGAUCGAGUUCACUCUCCUUAUCAUCGAGUAGUGAUGGAAGGGCAUGAGUAUAGAUACUCAAUAGGGUUAUUCACAUACCACAAAGGGAUGAUAACAGUACCCGAAGAGCUAGUUGAUGAUGAACACUUGAGAAAAUAUAAAUCAUUUGAUCAUUAUGGAUAUCUUGACUUCUAUGACAAAGACUCACACUUCGAGCAAGAAUACUGCCACAUUAAAUCAUUUUGUGGGGUGUGACAUAUCGGUUUUCCUGUUGCAAGUGUUUGUUAGCUUUGUAAUCUAGUAAUAAAUCUUGUGGAUCUGAAUGUUUGUCUGUUUUGUACAAAAUGUUAUAAAAAUCAAGAUAAAUGGUAGUGACAUGAGACCGGGCCCGUUUGGCGAAUUCGAAAAUGAUACUAAUUGACGUGUUUAUUUGAA